AUGUCACAGGGAGUUGAGGAAUUGGAGGGGGGAUCUGCGGGGGGGGUUCGCAGGUCGUCAGGUACCGGGUUAGUGUUGUCCUUUGGGGAUAACGGGGGUUUGGGGGACGAGGACAGGGAGUCCUUGCGGAGUGAAGGUGGCGAACCUAAACGGAGCUCUCGUAGAGUCCGUGCUGGUGUUACGCUGGAAGAGCUGUUGGGGGUCGAGUCGAUCCCCUCUAUGUCGGAACCGGAGGUGGUCGCUUCUAAGCGCCUCUUCUCCGAAGUUUCCGGUUCUGACACUGAGGACGUCAGCACUGCUGUCAGCUUAGGCAAGGUGCAGACGGCUAAGCGCGGGAAGUCGCGGGGCUCGUUGAGUCGGCUCUCGGCGGCUAGACAAGAGCUGCGCGAGAGAACGGAGGAGGCUAGGGCAGCGGAGUUCGUCGCUGCCCUCGAGAAGAAGGCAUAUCGAAAGGAGGCCAGGGCGAGCAGUCCCAUCCCGCCUGGACCUCUUGAUAUCGACGUGGAGUCAAUGGGUCCGGAGGAGCUGUUGAGCGCUGCCGAAAGCAAUCUUGGGGAGAUCCUCGGUAUUGCGGCGAAGUCCUCCAAUUUAAAGGGUGGGUACGUGAACAAAAUACGGCGUGCCACUUCUGCGGUGAGAUGCAUUGUGGAUGCACUCGCUACACGAACGGUGGCGGAGGAGACCCGGCGUCUCACCGCAGACAAUGGCAGACUUCGUCGAGAGUUGGCGAACCUGCGUGAAGAGGUCCGCGCAUACAAGCGGGACUUUGAAGAAAGCCGUUCCGCGGCGGCCAAGGAGAAGUCUUCUCCAAUGACCAACGAGCAGUUGGGAGUAUUGGAGAAGAGCAUCGCCAAGCUCGUAGGUAACUUGGUCGAUGGGAGGCUGGCGGGGAUAGAGGCACGUUUGCCUCCCCCAGUUGUGGUCCGCCCACCCUUGGCGGCCGACAAGAAGCGGGCGGCUCUUGAGAAGUUGCCGGUCCUCAAGGAAAGUCCUGUACCGGUGGCUGUCACAGCUAGAGAUGUCUCACCGGUGCUGAGGUCGACGGUCGUUCGCCAACGGGAGGAAUUUCCCGCACUCCCAGUGCGCCCGGAUGUGCGCCCAGCUCCAGCUCCUGCUCAACCCAAGAAGAGCAAGAGCAAGAACAAGGGUAAGGGGAAAGGAAAAGGGGUUGACUUACCAUUGUCGGCCAAUCCCGGCGCUUCCACAUCCAGAGAGAUACCGACUUGUAGACCGGUAGAGUCUUCGGAUGUUAUUUCGGGGGUUCUCUCAUCGGAGCCUUUGGACGGGUGGACGGAGGUCGUCCGCAAAAAGACCCCGGCGAAAAAGGCGGCCCCGAAGCAGCCGGCAAAGGAGACUGCCAAAAAGCCGAGCGUACGGUUGCCCCGAUCCACAGCCGUCCUAAUUAAACUGAGGACGGACGCGGUGGACAAGGGUAUGUCGUACAGCUCUGCCCUUAUGAAGGCGGAAAGCGCCAUCAAGCUGGAGGAGCUGGGGCUCGGCCCCCUCCGUAUCAGACAGUCGGCGACUGGAGCCAGGUUGAUUGAGAUACCUGGCUCUACCAGCCACGAGAAGGCUGAUCUAUUGGCGGCCCGACUGUCCGAAGUCCUUUCGGAGGAGGCCGAUAUUUCAAGGCCCGUGAAGUGCUCUAAUUUUAAGCUCACGGGCCUUUCAGACACUGCGACUGUAGAGUCUGUCAAAUCUGCAGUCGCAGGGGCGGGUGGAUGCUCCCCAGCCCAGGUAUGGGUGGGAAAUAUUGAGAGGGGCCUAGUCGGGACGGGUUUUGCUCGCAUGAGUUGCCCAGUAACGGCAGCUAAAAAAUUGGUGGAACUGGGCAGCUUUGCAGUCGGGUGGAGCAGAGUGGUGGCGCAUCUCGUGGACGCGCGGCCAAGUCACUGCUUCCGAUGUCUGGGGUUGGGACACUUUGCUGCAAUGUGCCCCCCAAAAAUGAAGGAUCGCAGUGGCUUGUGCUACCGUUGUGGUUCACCUGGACACACCAUGUCUGGGUGCAGUGUGGCGCGUCCAAAGUGCGCAGUCUGCUCCGAUGCGAGCAGACCUUCGGACCACGUUAUGGGGGGUAAGACAUGUAACCCCCCAGUAACCCGGGGAAAAGUUCCAUCCUCUAGGAGAGGACAGGCGGCGCCGGAAGCUGAAAUGUCCGAAUAA